UGCGAGCCAUGCAGUUGCAAGGUUCCAUGUGCCAAGGCCACGUGUGAAUACACCCAGCCCAUCUCUCGCCCCCUCUGCCCCUUCUGCCCCCUUCUGCCCCCUCUGCCCCCUCCGCCCCGUCUGCCCCCUGUGCCUUCUGUCCCUCUCUUGCUCAAAUGCCGCAGCCGUCAGUACGAGCCGUGCAGCUGCAAGGGUCCAUGCGCCAAGGCCACCUGUGAAUACACCCAGCCCAUCUCUCGCCCCCUCUGCCCCCUCUGCCCCUUCUGCCCCCUGUGCCUUCUGUCCCUCUCUUGCUCAAAUGCCGCAGCGUCACGUCAGUACGAGCCGUGCAGCUGCAAGGGUCCAUGCGCCAAGGCCACCUGUGAAUGCAUCAUGAGGGGGUGCUUCUGUGAGAAAUACUGCGGCUGUGCCCAGGCGUGCAAGAACCGCUUCAGAGGUUGCAACUGUGCCAAGAGCCACUGCUCCUCGCGCCUCUGCCCCUGCUUUGCUGCCUCUAGGGAGUGCGACCCUGACCUCUGCCGCAACUGCUGGGUCGACUGCGGGGAUAACCGUGAGGGGGCUGUGCUGCCGCUGCCACCGCCUGUGAGGGAGAAAAACUACGACUGCCACAACAUGCGACUGCUGCUGCGCCAGCACCAGCACAUUCUCCUGGGCCCCUCGGACGUGGCUGGCUGGGGUGCCUUUCUCAAGAAGGAGGUGGCGAAGAACGACUACGUGGGGGAGUACACAGGCGAGCUCAUUUCGGAGGCGGAGGCGGAGAGGAGGGGCAAGAUAUACGACCGCAUCAACUGCUCCUUCCUGUUCGAUCUCAACAAAAAGUAUGUGCUGGAUGCGUUCCGUCGAGGCAACAAGCUUAAAUUCGCCAACCAUUCGCUCUCGCCAAACUGCCAUGCCAGGGUCAUUAUGUCUGGUGAGUCCCAUGCUGUCGCAGUGAUAGACGCGCGCAUGGGGGCUUCUCAUCCCCGCGGACGCUCCGCCAGGAUCUCCGCUGAUAGUAGGAGAUCCGCGAUGGUUCCCGGCGCCACUGGCGCGCGUACGCGCUUCCCGCCAAGUUCUCCUUCCGCCCAUCCCCUGCGGACCCUUUACCCCGCUUCCGCCCACGCUUCCGCCCGCGCUUCCACCCGCGCAUCCGCCCGCGCUUCCGCCCACGCUUCCGCCCGCGCUUCCGCCGCCACGCCCUUCACCUCGAUGAUGUCCGCGAUACUGUUCUCCUCGUUACUGUUCGCCGCACUAUUAGUCACUCCAGCGAUUGCCCAGGGGGCAGAUGCGGCCUCCACCGGAUGUACCGUCUCCGCGUCGGCAGUAUCCUGCCCGGCGGGCUUCGCGGGCCGCGCAUUCGCGCUCAAUGCGCAAGCGUACAUCGCGGGCGCAGGCCGUGAAAACGCGCUCGUCCUGGGCGCGGGCGGAACCGCGGAUAAGGGAUCCGCGGGUUCCGCAUUCACUACCGCCGCGCUCUCGCCUCCGCUCGGCGGUGGAGGCUCCUUCUCGGCGCGCUUCACGUUCCAGCUGGAGGGGCAGAACGAGGCUGACGUGGCAACGGGGCUUGCUUUCGUCAUGAUUGGCGGAACCAACACCGCCGUCGGAUCGCCCAGCCUUGCCGGCUACGGCGGCGCCGCCUUCGAUGCCAGCGUGGCAGUGGUGCUGAGCGGCCGCCCGCCCAUCUCUGCCGGCGUGCUUUCCGCUGGUCCUGGGAGUGGAGCAGCACUCCCCACGCGGGUGCAGCAGCACGCCUGGGUGGACUACGACGCCUCUAGCACCACCCUCCGCCUCUUCCUCAGCGGCUCCUCCCCCACUAAGCCUGCAGCUCCGGUGCUCUCCGAGCCCGUCGACCUGCCUCGGGUGCUCGGCUUGGCACCAGACGGCAGCUGCCCAGACGGCAUUGGCGAGGCGGCGGUGGGCGGCGGCGGUUGUCUGUUUGUGGGGUUCACGGGAGGGUCGGCAGCAGUGGAUACAGCCGAGCUGGCAGCAGCGGGGGUGGUCGCCGGAGGGGAGCUCAUUCAGACCAUCGGGCCCGGACCGAACUUCCCCAUCUGGCUUGACACCACCACCAAUGCUGCCGGCUGUGCCUUCUCCAUCCCGAGCCUCAGCCUCAGCCUCGGCACCGAGGCGGGAGCGGUGGCUUUUGAGGCCGCGUUUUCGUUUUCGUUUGCGGCGAGUGCGGAUUACAACAGCUGGGGCAGUCGAGGGCUGGCGUUUGUGCUCACUGCCGGGGAGAAGACCGCCUGUGGCCGCAGCUCCGGCAGCAACAUAGGCUAUGGAUCAGCUCCCAACGCGUCCUUUGCAAAGAGCAUAGCGGUGGAGCUGAGGGCGCGGCCGACGGCGUGUGUGGCGGUGGUGGUGGGCGGGCAGGUGGCCGGCGACAACUGUGCCGACUCCGAUGCCAUGGCGCUGCUGCCGCCCAGCCAGGCGUUCACGCUGAACGAGGCGCAGCACGUGUGGUUGAGUUACGACGGCAGCAGCGGCGCGCUGCAGGUGUUUGUGUCACCCGGCGCGGCCAGCAAGCCCUCGGCGCCCGUGCUGGUGGCGCCCGUCGAUGUGGCGCCCGUGCUGGGCGGCACGGCGGGGCUGUCGGUGUCGGUUGGCUUCACAGGCGCGUCGUGGUGGACGUGGGUGGACGACCUUGAAGACCACAUCAUCCACUCCCUCUCCUUCCAGGCUGUCCCCCCCGGGUCCCAGCAGUCGCUGCCGCCCUCCCCUGCGCCCACCACGUGCCACCUCGCCCCCUCCAACACGCGUCUCACCUGUUUGGGCUUUGCGGGCCACUCAGCCUUCCGCCUCAACGGCUAUGCCCACGUGGGGCCCGCCCCCUCCUUCCCCCUCGUCCUCGACACCGGCGGCACCGCUGGCAGUGCUCUCACGCUCGCUGACAUGGCGCUCUCGCUGGAUUCGUCCACGUCAGCAGCGACUGCCGGAGUAGACCCAGCGGCGACAGCGGCAGCAGUGGCGUUUGAGGCAGCGUUUGCGUUCUCGGUGUGGACGGAGACGUCGUAUGGUUACCGGGGCAGCAGGGGCUUGACUUUUGUCAUUAGCAGCGGUGACAAGACUGCAUGCGGGUCCAGCGACAUGGGAGCCAUAGGGUACGGGGGAGCGGCGCCAGGGGCGUUCAACGGGAGUGUGGCAGUGGAGCUACGGUCGGGGCCCACCUCGUGUGUAGCUGUGGUGGUGAACGGUGUGGCUUCAGGUGACAACUGCGCUGCUGCUGACCACAUGACCGGCCUCACUGGAAAUCAGGAGAUUGCACUGAGCGAGAGGCAGCACGCGUGGGUGGCAUACGACGGCACAUCCCAGUCACUCGAGGUCUAUCUGGGCGGCAGCGACGGCUUAAAGCCCGAGGAACCGGUGCUGAGGGCGUCGCUUGAUCUCGUGGCUGUCAUUGGUGCCACGUCAGCGUCUGUGGGGUUCACAGCUGGCACGUGGUGGUGGGGAUGUGGCGACACGGACGACCACCACCUCAUCCACUCCUUCACCUUCAACACCGUCGCCCCGGGGUUCUUGCCAGGAGCGCAGCCCACACAGGCGCCCACCUGCGAAACCACCGCCUCCUCGCUCAACUGCGUCGGCUUUGCCGGCUCCACCCCCUUUGACCUCAACGGCUACACCCAGCUGGGCCCGGCGCCGCUCUUCCUGCUCUGGCUCGACUCGUACGAUUCUGUCGGCUCUGCGCUCUCCCUCGCGCCCCUCUCCCUCCUCACCCCCUCCGCCCGCUCCUCCGCCUUUGAAGCCGCCUUCUCCUUCACCUUCCUUGCUGACGCGUGUCCUGUCACCCCGGUCACGGGUCGAGGAUUCACCUUUGUGCUCACCAGUGGCCCAGUAACUGCUGUCGGACCACAAAACGCAAGUUCCCUGGGCUACGGGUCGGCCGGAGCGGCGUUCCUCAAGAGUGUGGCAGUGGAGUUUCGCCUGUGCCCUGUACCCUGUAUAGCCGUCUCCUCUAAGGGAGUCCUGGCAGGAGAUGGAUGCGCUGGUGCAGAGUUCUACACCGUUCUUCCCCCAGAGAAGGCCUUCCCCCGCAACACUCAGCAGUACGCCUGGGUGAGCUACGAGGGGGCCUCUCAGACCCUCAACGUGUUCCUGGGGGGAUCGUCCAAAGUCAAGCCAGGUGUACCAGCGCUCACUGCCCACGUGGACAUUGAAACCAUCCUCGGCGCCACGUCAGCGUCCGUGGGGUUCACAGCUGGCACGUGGUGGGGGCAGGACAUGGCGAGCGAGCGCCACAUCAUCCACCAGCUCAGCUUCGUGGGAGGAACUUUCCUGGAAACGACCAACAUAACGGCAGAGCUGACGAGUGCCUUUGCCUACUCCAACGAAACAGACCUCUCCCUCUUCACCACCACCGCACCCACACCCACACCCACCGCUGCCACCGCCACCACCACCACCACCACCCUCACUGACCCGUUUCUCUCAUCUCCGGAUGCUCUUUCCACCACCGGAACAACGGGAGGGGCGGCGGUGCUAUCGGAGCUGUCUCCCGACGCCACUCGCGGCACGGUGGAGUUCCGUUUCUCCGCCGCCACUGCCUCGGGGCCUCAGUCCUUUGUGGGGCACCGCCGCAUUGUUGCUUCCCGCCCCGUGGUGAGUGGAGUGGGGCGUGCUGGCACCCAGUCGCGCAUGCCAUUAGCGGUGCUAUCGGAGCUGUCUCCUGAUGCCACACGUGGCACGGUGGAGUUCCGUUUCUCCGCCGCCACCUCCUCGGGGCCUCAGUCCUUCGUGGGGCAGCGCCGCAUCGUUGCCAGUCGACCCGUGGUGAGUGGAGUGGGGCGUGCUGGCACCCAGGUGACAGGUCUGUGUGCACUGGCGGUGCUGACAGACAGGGCAACGUUGUCACCUGAUGCCACGCGUGGCACGGUGGAGUUCCGCUUCACCGCCACCACCUCCUCGGGGCCACAAUCCUUUGUGGAGUGUCGCCGCAUUGUUGCCAGUCGACCCGUGGUGCGUGCACACGUGUACCUGUCCAACAUGGAAGAUUCGCCCAUGGCUGACGUGGCAGUGACGGCACGCAUCACCUACCCCAACGGCACCGACGCCUCCCGCUGCUUCGUCUUCAGCGACCCGCUGCUGCAGGGGAUUGACGACGUCAGCGGUGCAGGCACCCUCCCUUCUGCCACGUCAGCGGGCGUUGAUUGGCUGCUCCUCGCUCUGGACUGCGCCGCGCCUGCCGCUCCCACCAACUUCAAAUUCGCCAGCACCCUGGACUACACCCUGCCUGCAUCAUCAUCAGCACCAGCAUCUUCCAACAAGAGGGUGGAGCUGUCGAGUGUGCGAGUGACGGUGGUCCCUUCACCCAAGCUGCAAGUGCAUUAUUUUGUGCCCCGGCACGUGCAAGGAGACGACCUCACCACUCCUCAGGUCGAGGCACCAGUUCCAGUGACGCUUGCAGCACUCUUCCACAACUCGGGCCACGGCACGGCUGCUGCUGUCGCCACACAGUCACUGCUGCCCACUGCUGCCACCACCACCACCACUGCCGGCGCACCCACAGCUGCCGGCGCACCCGCCGCUGCUGAUGCGGGCGCUACAACUACUACGGGUGACACGAGCAGCGCCGCUAUGAGUUUCAGCAUCACCAGCACUGUGCUGGGCACUGAGCCGCAGCCAGCAUCGUUCUCUGUGAAGGUGGGCAGCAUCCCCCCUUCCGCUACAGCCAUGGUGCGCUGGACCAUAGAGGCCAGCCUUACAGGCACAUUCGAUACAGUCACCACCACCAACACCACAACUGCCACCGCCACCUCCUCCCCGCUCACCGGCCUCUCCCCCAUUCUCGAGUCCGUUGCCAUUCACAACCUCGUGCACGUGGUCUAUCUGCCCGACGCCGCCUCAGUAAGCCCCGCCUCUGGUGAAUCCCCUCAUCAGGUAAGCCCCGCCUCUGGUGAAUCCCCUCAUCAGGCCUCCCCCGAACCCCUCUCCUCCCCCCCGUCCCCCCCCAAAUCCUUCUCCCCCUCCCCCAAACCCUUCUCCUCCCCCCCGUCCCCCUCCAAAUCCUUCUCCCCCUCCCCGGCCCCCUCCAAGCCCCCCGAAACCCCCGUCUCCUCCUCCUCGCCCUCCCCCCAAUCCCCCGAAGCCUCCUCCUCCCCCUUCUCCUCCCCCUCGCCCUCCCCCGAAUCCCCCUCCAAAACCCCCCUCACCACCGCCCCCCAAACCUCCAUCUCCCCCACCCCGUCCUCCGCCCAACCCUCCCCCAAGCCCCCGUCCCCUCCGCCUCGCCCACCCCCUCGUCCUCCCCCAAGUCCUCCUCGCCCGCCCCCACCCCCGAGGCCUCCUUCCCCUCCGCCUCGUCCUCCCCCCCGCCCUCCCCCGAGCCCGCCCAAGGUUGUCUAG